AUAUUAGUAUUUAAUCCACUAUAUCGACUUGUUAUCAGUGAUCAAUACAUUAAAAAGUUGAUAAAUUUUUUUUUAAAAAAUAAUAAUAAUAAUAAUAAUAGAGUGCAAAAAAAAAAAAUUUUUUUUUGUGAGUCAUCAAUAAAGUGAAGUUGAAUAAAAAAAAAAUAAACAAAAAUGAAUAAAAUCAGUGUUGUGUUUUUUCUUUCAAUUUUGACAAUUGUUUUGACUGCGCCAAGUCGUUUAAAGAGAGCGACGACACCCGCGUGGCAUAAACCAUGUGGUAUGCUUAAGGAAACGGAAGCAACCAGUGGUAAUGAUGAGGAAGUUAGAAUUAGCCUUGAAAGUAUUAAACUACUUCAUAUAUUGACUAUGAACAAUUAUUUGAGUCAUGAUUAUGAUUUUCUUUAUGAACGUGCAAGACGCGGUGUUCAUAAGCAUCAAUAUAUUCCCAAUUGGGUACCCGGCGAGAAGGACGUUAAUGCAAUUCGAAAAUUGUCCAAAGCAUCAUCUCAAAUGAUUGCAAGUCAUUUACCAAAAUUGCAUUUGGAUUUGCAAAAAUUUGCCGUGGCAUUCGAGGAAUUAAUGGAGGAUGAGAGAAAUUCAAUAAUUUCUGAUGCCUUAAAAAACACUCAUGCUUAUCUUAUAAUGAUGCUGUGCGAAGUUGAGACAAACAUUGUUCUAUUGCCAUCAUUGCAAAUGCCACCAAGAGUCGAAAGAAGUAUUAUGUCAAUUGAGGAUCGUGAUCCAAUUGAUGAAACAAGAAGACUUGUUCGUGAUUGGGGUAUUGUUUUAAAAUAUCGAGAUUAUCUUCACAGUUGGCGUCAUGUUUUUGAUUAUUAGAAGAAAAAAAAGAAAAUAUAUUCUCGACAAAUUAUCAAAAUCGUGAUAUAGAAAAAUCUCUAUAAUAUAUGUAUUUCAAAUUGAAAACAUUCAUGUCCCAUAUUGUAUAAUAUUCUCAAACCCAAAUAAGCCUUAGUGGUCUGUUUUAAGAUUUUUCGGGCUGUAUAGUGUCUAAUUUUUUUUUUCUAUUUCUUUUUUUAACUAGGAAUUUUUGAAAAAAAUAUAGAUAGCAUUUUUCUAUUAUUUAUAUUUAUUAGACAAAGCAUAAUGUAGAUUAGAAUUUUAUUUAUUUUCAAAAAUAGAAAAAAAAUUGUUAUAGAUUUUUU